UGCAGGACCCUGGCUGCAAAGGCCAGGCAGACAGUGCGGCAGGCUACAAUUGCCUGCGUCAUCUCAGUCCUUUGCUAUGGGGCUGAGGCCUGGUGGCCGGGCUGAAGCAGGCCCAAGCCCAGGAACCAGGGCUCUGUAUGAAAUCGAGUUGAUUCCUCCCUUUCUUGCCUUGACCGGGCUCUCAGAGAAGCCCUUUGGGGAACCCUUCCAGUAUAUCAGACUACCCCUAUUGCAGCCCUCCAUCGGGAAACUGCUAUUCCUCCCAUGGAGAUCAUCCUCGACCAGACGCACUGCGGCCAGAUUGCAUGCCUCUGUCACGGGCUCGGAAUAGCAGAUAUUAAUGAAUCGACGCUCCUAUCUAAACUAUUGUAGCCAUCGACGAGAAUAAUCC